CCCGUAUGAACUGACAGCAAGCGUUUGGGCUGAUGUGCGUAUGCUUAUCCUUGUCUAUGCCAAGCAACUUCCGCUUAGGCCUUGUCUGGGACUGCUAUUACCCCUCGUUCUCUCACUUACUAUCUCUACCUAGUAUCUAGUCUAUGAGCAUAGGCAGUCACGGAUUCUACCCUUUAUGUAGUGCUUCAUUUCUUUAUGGCAUAUCCUGCUUCAGGAAAAGGGAAUGGAGAGGCUCUGUAGCUAUCUUCUACAGUGCGGAGAAAUACUUGAUAAGCUCAGCUACUCGAGCCCCACCCACUGCUUAUGACAUAAAUCAACGAUAUCACAAUCGCCUGGAUAUAUUGCCCAAUCAACCGCAUUAUAUUAAUAUAGACCCAACGGCAUCAACUGGGUAUUAGAUGUCAUGUGUUGGGGCUAUGCAGUACCUCUCCUAGGGCACAUUCGUUGAUGGGAGUUGGGAGCUUAUCAGAAAUCUCAUGCUUUCUCGCGAGUUCCCCCUACGAUUCAUGCUGAAACAGAUGAAAAGAUUCGAUGCCAUUGUUCUCUUACGAUAGAAGCCUCAUUUCUUUUCAUUAUGUUUCUGAUUAAUUACGGGCACAGGAUAAGAAGAAACAUUCAUCUCAGAAACCGUGAUAAAGGCCAAACUCAAACCCUGGAAUUCGGUCUUAACCCCUUUAUAGCUGAGUUAGGCAGCAAUAGUACUCCAGCGAACCCUGACGAAUCGUCAUGUCAAGCCUCCACUCUCGACAAAUCUCCCAUUUUGUUGCCACCCUUAGUACAUGGUGAUACGUAUAUGAGAGAGCUAUGGAAUAUAGCAUAUGAAAAGCUUCGAGUAGAUGAUGAAGCCCUCAUCCUUGAAUAUGAAGCGAAGACCUGCGGAGAUAUGAGCAGUGGCAUUAUCUCGGUAGUUGAGUACAAGCCCAGGCUGCAAGAUCGCACACAUGCGGCCCUCUAGUACAAGAUGAAGGAGGCGAAUGAUGCUACGUGGAAGUUGAAGUUCGGUAGUACAGAAGUCCAAAUCCAAGAUGUAGUAAAACCUGUCCUGGGUAUUGUUACUUGAGCAAACUACUUCAUGAGCUAUAUUGCAAGUAGUAAUCCCUAUGCCUCGCUUGCAUAGAUGGGCGUCAGUGUUCUAUUGCCAGUGAGUUAGACUUCCAUAAUUAUGUGCAAUCAGAAAUUUAAGAUCAUUCGUUUGAUGUCUCCAGAUCUUCCUAAACCCUCUCGAACAAAUUGGCUCCCUCGUAAACGGUCUUGAUUACAUCUCGUCUCUAAUAACUCACAGUCAUAUGUGAGACGGCCUAUAUAUGAGGCAGUACGAGCCAGAAGCUAGCACACAGAAGCAUGUUGGAGGAGGAGAAUGCGCGAAUUAUGUGCAACCCCUGUGUCCAACAGGAGUGUACCGGUUGCUAUGUAGCUGAAAGAUCUGCCCGGGGGAGCUUUAAGAUAGUGUUUUUGAGAGAUAGCGAACUUGGCAACGGAGGAGUGGUGUUUGAAGUUACGAUCAGCCAUGCUCAACGGUGGUAACAGAUGGUCCGUAUAAGAGGUGCCGGCAAUGAAAUGGUUAGAAGGUUGAAAGGG